AACCACACAGAUUACCAGGAAUUCUUUUACCCAGGUAAAUAAAUUCCUCGUAAUAAAAGUUCCUGGAAAUGUUGGUGGAAAAGGGGCUAAUGUUACUGAAGUAACCCCAUUGACUUUUGGUUCUAUACAGGAAACAAACAGUGGGCUUCAGGGUGAAAGUCCAGAGUUUGUUUGACUGAUCCACCUCCCCUCCCGGUUUCCCUGUAUGGAUUUUCUUGCUCUUUAUACUACAGUAGUUGCUGGUAGCAUUACAUACUGCUGCCGACCGGGACACCGCCACAUAUGGUGCCCCUGUGUGUCAGUGUCUGACAGUGAGAUCACUGACAAAACGGCAGUAUAUGACGAGAUUGGAGUGAGAACAGCCUGGAAAAAUCACCUUUACAACCAGCAGGAAUAUGAUCAGAAGUAUUAAAAUCGGCAGCCAGGAUUACAUGUUUCCCUGACGUUAGCAUGUAGCUACAUGUAGCAGUGUAGGCAACUAGUGUAAACACUUGCAGUUGCUUUCCUAGAGGAGAUGACCUGAUCUAUCACAAGCUGAAGUCAGCUUGUCUCUUAAGUAGAAAAAUCAUCAGAAACAGAGUAUUCAGAACGGUCUGAAGCCUGAGGUUUUUGCUCACAGGGAUAAGAAAAAGUGUAGUAGGUCCCCUUUUAGAAUAACCACACCUCAGUCCAGCUGAACACCUGUGGGAGAUUUUGGUAUGACGUGUUAGACCAAACCAGCCUGGCCCUCGGAAGUGCAUCCCACGCCUCAGAUUUGUUUAGCGAUUCGACUGUUUUUGUCAGUUGGACAAAUAGUCGACAAAUCAGAGCUUAGCAUGACAGUGAAAUCUUCCUGCACAGCAACAGAAAACUGGUGACAAGCGUUCCUGAGAGCAACACAACUGCACACCUUCUUGGAACAUCAUAAAGAAGCACAGACAAGGAAUAAGAAGAAAUAAUCCUGGUCAGGUUUAUCCAAAGAAGAAUAAAAUGAAGAUGUUCAGACCCCUUCUUUUCCAUUUGCUCCUGUACUGUGUGACCCAGACAUUAGGUGUCAACAUCCAGUCUGUCCCAGGAGUCAACAGCGAUGGUGUUGUACAGACAGAGCUGGAUAUGACCGUGUCUCUGGUUUGUCAGACUGAUGGCGACCAUGAGACUCAAGCCGACGAAGAGUUGGUGUGGCUGAGGAAUGGCGCUGCCGUCGCUCUGCAGGAAGAAAAUAAGAGGGGUCGUAGCAGCGUGUGUGUUACACCAGUCAUCCUUGAAGACGAUGGUGCCACUUUCACCUGCCACCUGAAGAAAAAUUACUCUUCUACGGCCUCAGUUACCCUGAAUGUCAUAUAUCACCCACAGCUCUCUGGGUCAGAGGAAGUCACAGUAGAAGAAGAAGCUGUGAUGGUCCUGCAGUGUGACAUCAAGGCCAAUCCAUCUGUCUCAUCCGUGUCUUGGACACUAAAUGGAAGCAAAGUGGAUCUAUUUGCAGGUGGCUUUUCGCUGACCAAUGACGGCUAUAUAAGCCGGCUAACCGCCAACAGCGUGGAGAGAAGCUUGCAUGAAGGCACAUAUAAGUGCACAGCAGAGGCUCCCGGCUAUGUAGGGCACAAGUUAUUUCAUGUCACGGUGAUAGCAAAGCCCAUGAAGUUCCCACUGUUCCCCAUGAUAGCAGGGUUGGUGGUGGUGGGUCUUACUGCAAUUCUUGCUGUAGCUUCACGGUGGAACAAAAUCGCAAAGUGCUUGUGCUCGAAAUAACUGGUCUUCUCUACUUCAACAAAUGCCAUGAAGACAUUUGGAAACUCUGUUUUGUGUGCAUGAGACCGUGAUUACCCAUUUACCAAUCUGAUCAUGUUUGCCUGUUGUUUUUUUAAGAAUGUUGACAUUUUGAUAAAUAGUUUAGAUCUCUAAAAUAGCUUAUUUGCUUUCACACUGAGAGUCUGAAGACCAAUACCACUGCUCUAUAUGUCUGUUAAAUAUGGAGCCACAGUACAGCCACCAGCGGGACUGCUUAGCUUAGCACAAAUACUGGAAUCAAUGGGAAACUGCUAGCACCAGCCGGGCAUUGUCUAAAGGUUAUUCCACAGUAAUACCUCUCUGGGCAGGUUUUUGUACGGAUUAAACAAAAAAGAUAUAACAUAAUAAAAAGUGAGCUUUAGAGGUGCUGAUGGGUGGAUUUCUUUCACCCUUUGACUGAUCUAGGGUUGCUAUUUCUAUUGUUCCUAGCAAGUCUUCUCAUCUAAUUCUCAGCAACAAAGCAAAGAAACAUUUUUCCCCAAAUGUCCUUUAAAAUCUGACGAAAUGUAGCAUGCCAUCCACUGUAUUACCUGUUGAUUAUGGCAGGACGAUCUGUAAAGAUCAUCCUUGAACUUGUUACGUUUCAUAGAGUGACUCAGCACUGCCUGUUUCUUGUCAGUAUCUUACAAUUAAAGUGCUUAUGUUCCUC